AGAAGGAAAUCCGCUCUUUCGAAAGAAUUUUUUACAUUAAGCCGGCGGGCACAUUAUCACCUAUUUACAUUUAUUACUGAACUGCGGAUUUUAUUUUGAAAACUUUACUAACAAAAAUAUAGAGUAACACAGGGGAGCCUAGCACCUUAUCGAGUUUAUAUUAGUGUGUAUGUUGCGGUUAUUAAUGCUGCGGCCAAACCAAACGUCCACGUGAUAAAAACUAAAAAAACACAUAAUGGAAAAAAUGUUAGUAAAGUAAGGUGCCAGCUUAGUAGCAGGUGCCAAAAUGAGUCUCAACCUGGGUGGAUGGAUCCACAGCUUCACUGUGGCGGACGCUCAGGAGCAUAAGGGCGGCUACACCAUCUACAAGAUUACGUCGAUUGUUUUCCCGCGAUCGGUGCCGCAAGCCCUUACCUGUCUGGUUGUGUGGAAGCGUUUCCACGACGUCAAGCGACUACACCGUGAGUUGAGCCGGCGACACAAGAGCCUCCAGUUGCCGGGUAAGUUGCCCGUUCCCACGGACAGCAGCUACUUUAAGCGCUUCGAUGCAGUUGUGAUUCAACGCCGCAAGGAGUAUAUACUGACGCUGCUCGACUUUGCCGCCCUGCAUCCGGCGUUGUACAAGUGCGCCAUUUUUACGCAGUUCUUCCAGGAGACGCCCUCUCCUAAUGGCUCGCCGCUUAAGAAGCUUUAUGUAGAACGAUCCUUGCGGCUGGAGACGGCGGGCGCAGACAGCAGUUGCAGCGGAGGAUUAGGCAGUAGUGUCGAUUCUAGGAGUAGAGGGGGAGCAAUUGCGGACAUCUGCGAUAAACUCGAUUUGCCCUACGACCCACAUGACGCAGGCGGCAUUACGCCUCUGGAUCCUCGCUGCGAUAAGGAGCAGCCGUCGCCGGCCGACUACGGUGAGCCGGAUGAAAAAGAAACUAAAACCGACGCGGAAUCCAAGCUGGUUGAGGAGGCAUCGACGAAGCGGGAUUAUUUACGUCUUCUCACGCCCAUGGCCUCGAUCGAAAGCGAAGACAGCGACUACAUUUACGAGGCGGCUCUGGAAUUUAGCCACGCCGUCCAAGCGGAGGUCAAUUUAAACUACGUCGAAGCCUACGAGCGGUACAAACACGGCGUGGAUCUCCUUCUCAAAGGGGCCAAACAGGAUGCGAACGAGGAGCGAAGGUUUAUUGCCAAAGCGAAGAUAGCCAAAUAUUUAGCGCGGGCGGAAGAGAUUCAUGCCAACUUCCUAGGCAGCAACUGUCCCAUAAAAAAGCUGGAGUUCCAGCUCUCGCUAGACAUGACGGACGGCGAGAAUGUGACUCAGCUGGAAUGCCCUUGGAACCAAUUGGCAAGAUACAAGGUAUUGCAUAUACUCGAGGAGCGCGUGAUGCAGGUGCAGUGUGUGACGAAGCCACAGCAACCGGCAACCAUUAUGAAGGGCAUCGAAAAGCCGGCCAGUAACUCGCUAACCCAGAGCAUCUUUCUGCCCCAAGAAGUGCCUUAUAUGGUUAAACUGCUUGCGUAUUUCCAGUCGGAUCAGAAGAUCUUUCUACUGCUAAGACAGGCAGAGGGCGGUAGGCUCUACGAUUACCUGCAGAGCUACACGCCCACAAGCAGCAAAUGUGUCGAUUACGCGGAGCUCUUUCCGGCGGAGCAAGAGGAAAGGCAGGAACCCCUUACUGCGGAAAGCGAUGUCAGCGAUCUGGUGCGUAGCUCUCAGCAAUUGCUCAAAUCCGUCUCCAAUACACUGAGCAACCUCCAAGCUGGCCUUGUCACGCAUAGAAAACGGGGGGCGUACUUGGACGGUGUAGCCCGAAACAAGCCCAUUCCGGAGCAGUGUCUACGACAAUGGGCUUGCGAGCUUGCAAUCGCUAUCCACAGUUUGCAUGGAAAAGGUGUAAUACUGCGGGAUCUGCACAUGGCCAACAUAUUGCUGGGCGACAAGGGCCAACUGCUGCUCACAUAUUUCUAUCAGAACGAGGGAAUCAGCUCGGAUGACAACUAUGUGCACAAGGCUUUAAGUUUGGAGGCGUUAGCGAAUCACUUCGUAGCCCCAGAGCGACCAUUGACCUUUCGCUCCGACUGGUGGAGUUAUGGCGUCGUGCUCUAUCAACUCCUACUGGGGGUGCCUUACAAGACGACACACCCCGGCCAACUAGAGCUCUAUGGUUGUGUGCAGUAUCCCACAGAACCUUUAGAGAUAUCCGAUCAUGCGACAGACCUGCUGGAACAGCUGCUGCAACUAACUCCUGAGUUGCGGUUGGAUUACGAGCAAAUACGAGAGCAUCCCUUCUUUAAGGGCAUAAAUUGGCAACAGGUUGGGGAGGAGGGAACUAAUCCUACGUAAUGGCUUUUUCUUUGACUUGAGUUUUUUUGUUUUCAGAAUGAAUGCAGAAUUACAUACAUCAAUUGAGGACGAUACACUAUUAUAUUGUCCUUUCCAAAACAGAAAACCAUUUUUUUCUGAGUUAAUUUUCGAAAUAUUUAAAACAAGAAUCUGAACUUUCUGUAUUUUCUUAGAUCACCCCGUAUUUCAUAGUUUUUGUGAUAACAAAGUCGUCAAGGGAAUUGUCCCAAGCGUAGCUGCUUUUUAUGUUUGUUUUUAUACCCUUGCAGGGUAUUAUAA